GCGCUCUCAUUGCGCCCGUCCGUUCGUCUCGCAGAGCCCCAGCGCUGGUGAAUAUGGCGACGCGCAGCCGCUGCCCGCGGCCCCUCAGCCUCCCCUGCUGCUGCCUCCUGCUCCUCGCGCUCGGCAGCCCCGGUUUUUUCCAGUCACAUGCAGUGGAAGUAGAUGUGAAAGAUCUCUCCAAUAAUACGUGCAUAUAUGCAAAAUGGAUGAUGAGCUUCUUGAUAAAAUAUGAAACAAACAGUAGUGAAUUUAAAAAUGCAACCUUAAAGCCAUCUACCAAUGUAACGCAUGACGGAAGCACCUGUGGCAAUAACACACAUGCCCCAUUACUAGCAAUACAAUUUGGAGCAGGUCACUCUUGGAGUAUCAACUUUACUAAGACUAAUGAAACUUAUCAGGGAAACAUCAUCUCGUUUACCUACAACACCAAUGAUGCAGCCUUUAAAGAUGCUAAAACAAAAGGACCAAUUACUAUUGUUGUAAAUGACACUAUGCAUCCAGUCCAACUGAAUACUGUCUACAAAUGCCAUCACCUUGACUCUAUUGAAGUGGCAAAUGUGUCUCUGUUCUUCUGGAAUGUCAUUCUGCAGGCUUUUGUUCAAAAUGGCACUGUUAGUAAACAUGAUUCUACAUGUGAAGCUGAUAAAUCUACUGUGGCACCUACCACUAUUGCCAACUUAACUACCACUGUUGCCAACUUAACUACCACUGUUGCCAACUUAACUACUGCACCUAUCACUACUGCUUCAUCACCUCUGCCAACUACAACUUCUAAACCAGUGGAGAAACCACUCAUUGGAAACUAUUCUCUUAAAGAUGGCGAUAAAACCUGUCUUCUGGCUACAAUGGGGCUGCAACUGAAUGUCUCCCAAGAGCCCGUUUUGAUUAACAUCAAUCCGAAGACAACUAAUGUCACUGGUAGCUGUGGCAACACAUCUGCUAUUCUGCGAUUGAGUGACAGCAACAGGACGUUUAUUGAUUUCACCUUUGCUGUUAAAAACACAAGUGCAAACACACAAAGAUUCUAUCUGAAAGAAGUGAACAUCACCCUGAUCCGCUCUAUAAAUGGUUCUGAACCUUUCAAUGCUGGAAACAACAACCUCAGCAUCUGGGACACCUUCCUGGGCAGUUCCUACAUGUGCCAAAAAGAGCAGACUGUUUUGGUGACUGAAGAUCUUCAAAUACAUACUUUUGAUCUGAGGAUUCAGCCAUUCAAAGUACAAGACAACAAGUAUGCUAAAGCUGAAGAAUGCUUUGCAGAUUCUGACCUGAACUUUCUUAUCCCCAUCGCAGUGGGUGUGGCGCUUGGCUUCCUUAUCAUUCUUGUCUUUAUCUCUUAUGUCAUUGGAAGAAGGAAAAGUCGUACUGGCUAUCAAUCUGUAUAAUCUUUUCAUGCUGUCUCUGCUGCUUUUUUCCUUUAACAGAAGUUAUUAGUUUAUGGUUUUCUUUGACCUAGAUAUAUUAAAAAACAAAGGCUAAUGUAUUUGUGUAUAUGAUUGUGAGAACAAAUUUAGACUCACCUGAAGCUACUGUAAGGCUUUGGAGUAAAGUAAAACUGCUCCAGGAAACACUUAAAAUGAUGACCAAUAUUUGGCCCCUGGGCAAUGUGAUUAUUUGACUGAAAAGGCCUAAGAUAAGGAUGCAUCUUACUCGCAGCAUUUUUAAUCUCUAUUCUUUUGCAUAAUAUCACAGCUGGCGAGUGAAUCUUCAUUGUAUAUGCAGCUACUCAGUUUAUUUCAGAUGCUGAAGUUAAAAAAACACUGCUAGAGGUUUGAAUGCUGUGUACCGAAGGAUUGUAUAUGCUGUUGGAAAGAAAUGCAAAAUCCUUCCUAGCAUUCAAUUAGAAGCAAACUUACCACUGCUGCCUUGUUUCUGUUUUUCAUGUAGCUGCUUGUUCUCUGGGGUUAGCUUAAAGCUGCUUUUCCUGUUGCAUCCAAAGUUGGUUCUUGAUCCUACAAUACGUCACCCAGAAGUUCCUUCUCUUAGUAACUAGUGUAUUUAAUAUCUGUGUGGAAAAAAUUAAAUUUUUUUAAGGGUAAGAGGGGAGUGGGUGAGACCUAGCAUAACUUACCCAAGAAUGGAAGAAGCUGACCUUAGAGAACAGAAAAAGCUUUUAAGGAAGCCUUGGGUAUCCUGUGUUGCUUUUGUCCAAAGAGGACAUUGUUAAGCAUCUUCUGUUUGCUAACCAAAAGGUUCUUCUGCUCUCUGACUUUAAUUGAGCCUAUGUUUGAGCGAAUGGGAAAACUUUGAGUUCACUGGGUCCAAGUUUUCAUUCUGUCUGUGCAAGGGAAGGAUAAUCUAGACUUCUCCUCUUGUAUUUCAAUCGAAGGAACUGGCCUAACUUUACACCUCUCUUUAACUCCACAGAGGUGUGCUCUUACUCUAUUUUCCAAAGUAGUCAGUAUGCAAAAGGAUGAGGUUAUAGAAAACCACAUUAAAAGAAAGUGACCCCACCAAAGAAUGGGAUGGUGUGUUGGAUCCAGUCAAACUCCUCCCCUAUCAUUAAUAUUGUCAUACACUUUGAAGGCCUAUGUUCCACGUUUGGGCCUUAGCAGGGUGGAAGCUAGUUAUUUUGGAUUAAAUUCUGCCAUCCCUGAACGGGUACACUGGGACAGGAGCAUCUUCCUCCUUGGCCCCCUUUGAUGCAGACCUGCAGAAGCUAGUCCUACUGUUGUGCUCUCUUUUAUGCUAGGCCAUGUGACUAGCUGGGAUGCUAGUCUGUUCGUCGCCGGCAGUAGGGGGUGUGGGAAUGUGUUCAGCACUCUUCUGUAGUAUGCGUUUAGGAUGUUCCUGAGCCACUGCCGGGGCAGACUGCUGCAGAGCACCUCCACCUCAUUUACAGAUGGGAGCGAGAUCAUGAUUUGGGCCUUCGUUUUACAGAGUGUUUGGGCCUCAGAGCUGGAUGAGGGUAACGGAGCUAAUUAAGUCAAAUCAGAUGAGAAGCGGUCUUUCAUUUUUCAGUUUACUGGCUCACAAAAUGUGUGUUCAGUCAUUAUGUGACACUAGGCUCAUCCAAAGAGAGAACCCAUGAAGUAAGCUGAGGUGUUCAGUCAAUACGCUAUAGGAGGAUAUGGCAUGUGGGGGGCUGAAUGUAAAGUAGAGCAAUACACUUUCAUUUGAGUGAUGUUGGGCAUGGAAGAUUGUACACUACUGACUUUCAUUUUAAAGAAACACUGUUUAGACUCCUAUCACAAAAAUUGCUUUGGUCCUAUUCUGACUACAGGCUCAAACCUAAGCUGUAACUGCAUCUUCUAAUGGGACAAAAAUAGGGUCCUACACAGAUGUGAUCCUUUCAUGCUGGGGACUUAAUUUAAGCCCAGUGGGUUGGGUUUUUGUUUCCCAUUUUUUACUCUUGCUUUCCCAGAGUGGGGAAGUGCUAAAUGGGCUACUCUGGGCCUAACACACAUGCCCCUCAAAGCGUAUCACCUCCACAAUGACGUGAGGUGGGUUCUAUUCCUGCUAUGCUAGUCUUCAGGCUCCAGAUCUGAACUUCAUGCAUAGCAUCCUUUUAAUCCAGCUGGGUGACUUUAAUAAUAAAAUGCAGCAAUUUCCUAAUUUUUAUUUUUUUUAAGUGCUAUUUUGGACUUCAUGAGAAGUCAAAAUCAAGCAAGCACUUUAAAGUUAUUGUAGAAUGAAGAGUGAUAUAAACAUGGUUCUCUGAAUUUGCAAAAGACUGUACAAAUGUGCUGAUGAAGACAGAGUAUCUAUAUUAAACAAAGUUAACUAUGAUGUUUUGUCUAGUUUUGCUCAGUGUUAAUACUCUUGAUGGAGAUGAAUGCGACUUUUAAGAGCUUUAUCUAAGGGGCUGGUGUGGCCUGAGUUUCAGUGGUGGUGAAAACUCAAAUCACUUCUUGCUCUCCUUCACCCCAUGCUCCUUUCAGGCCAGGACUGAGGCAGAGACCAGGUGGGCGGCAUUUGUGCUGCCAUUGGUUGCAUGUUCCACAGUCUGUGGAUAACCAAAUUUAAGAGGAGUGAGAGUUAUUAAAACUCUGAGCAGGAGGGAUGGUAACAACCUGUAAAUGCUUUUUUCAUAAUGGCGAACACUAGAGGUUAUAGACAGCAUGCUGUUAUAUUUUUAAUAUAAAGAAGAAAAGGACUUUAGCAUGUGAUUAUGGAUGAAAAGAGACUUCUGUGUAUGUGCUCUCUAUGGCCCGGGCACUUCAAACUUCUGAGCCCUUCAAUUCCUAUUGAAGUUAAUCAGCAGGGCUCUCCACUUGGCAGGAGUGAGCCCUAGACAUGAGUCCAGUCUUUUUAGCUUACCAGCAAACCGUGCAGCAAUUAUAAAAUGUGUUCACAUGUCAACACAAUUGCCAAUAAAAUUCUGAUGGCUGAAUCUUUAUUACUCUUGGAAACCUGGGAUGUACAGAGAACACAGCUUCAUCUUCAGAUACUGGGGGAAGUUUCUAAUAUUCUUGCCUUGAAAAGUCUUGUCCUGACCUGUCAACUACCCUAAAUUGAUGUGGGUGUUAUUGACAGAUGCCUCACUAAAUGUAAGUGAUUGAAGUAAUUCUGCAUAUUUAGAGGAUGGCAGAGAGGCCACCAUUUUCACGUGUAAGUACUAAAGCUAGGUAUCUAUAUGGAUAAAUAUUUAGACAUGUAAGUUCCUUGAUUUUUAGAGGUGCUGAGCACCCAUAACUCCAGUUGAUGUCUUCGGAGUUGUGGGUGCGCAUAUUUAGAUGUCUGAAUGUGGAUUUAAGUGUUUAAACCCCCAGGUUUGAAAACUUUGGUCAAAGUUAGUAUCACCCGAUGGCCUGUCUUCUGCCUGGAAAACUAAUGAAAUUACACCUGGGGUGAUUUUGUCCCAUUAUGAUUAAAUCCCACUCCCUCCCCACAAGAGAUUUAUUGUGUUUUUAAAAAAAAAAAAAAAAAAAGGGGGUGAGAGCCCAGUUAUAAAGCUCAAAACUCAGUAACUGGAGUCAACUAGCCGUGUUUAGGAUAUAGAUAUUUAGUCCUGUUUGCAAAGGCCUCUACUUUAAGAAUCUAGGUGUAUUUUUAUUACUUAGCUAGUUAUAAAGGUAUAAAAGAGA